AUGGCAGCCCCCACUCUCUGGAACGCUCUCCCUGCGGAGAUCUGCAACAUCCCCACUCUUGACACCUUCAAAAGGGCCCUCAAGUCCCAUCUGUCUGCCAAGGCCUUUGGCCCCAAAAUCCCCGAGAGAAACGGAGCCUCGGACCGAGACGCCCGUCAGGUGGAGGAGUUGCGGCAGCAGGCGAUGUCGUACCGUCGUCGGGCGUGGGGAUCGAAUUUUUGCAGAGACCACCUGAGCCAGCUGCUGUCCAAUCACAACGCUCUGUGGGAGGCAGCCAGCUCUUGCUCUUACCCCUCUUCCCCUCACCCUCUGACCUCUGACCCCCCGUCACCUGUGGAGGCUCUGGAGCUCAACAGUCACUCCAGUCAGAGAUCGUCAGCUUCCGGAAGAACUGAAACUCCUGAGAGACGUUCGGUCUGGGGAGGAGAAGAAGAAACAGACGAGAAGGAGGGAAGGUUACCGACCCCGAGGCUGAAGAUACGACCGACUCAGAGAACUCACCAUGAUCUCACCACACCUGCCACUGGAGGCGCUAUACUGGUGGGAAAGAUGAAGAGCGGUGAUGAAUCACCAACAAACAAACAGAGAUGUGGCUCCUCUGUUUCCAUGGCAGCGGGGGCGGAGACUACAGUUGCUAUGCAGAUCACCCCGAAGAAGGCGUGGUCUGAACAUAACUCCGCCCACUCCAAAACAUCUGCCUCGCCCCCUGACAACAAGCAAACUGUCAGUCCUGCCUCUAAACCAAUCAGGAUGAAGCAGACGUCCCCUCCUCCUGUAGCCCCGCCCCCUCAGCACUGCAUUCAAGGCACUCUGAGGACCGCCGACUUCCAGCACAACGGUGAGGAGUUUAAGAUCUUAACCUGCAACUUUUAA